AAGGAUAGUUAAUGUUUAUGAUUAAUUUUCACUAAAUUAUUUUCCCUUUUCCAACAAAUCUAUUAAUAAUUAGCUUUAACUCUCAUUAAAAUAAACUAAUCGCGAUUAAAUUGACCUCCAUCUUAUCCAGCAGCUGAUUUAAAUUGGAUUAACGAUUUAAUCAUAAUCUUUUUUAUUUCUUGUGUCAAGUCAACAUUUUUGGUUUGUUUGUUUAUCCUUUUAAUUGUUUUCUUAACAAGGUAAUUGUUUUACUCUUAAUUAUUACCUUCCUGAUUGUUGAAAAUUUACUUGUGAUCAGAUUAAAUUGUCGACCUGAACUCGUGGUCUCACCUCGUUGAUUGAUCUUCACAUCAAGUUUAAUUGAUAUUUGGUAAAGUUAAUUAGUCCAAUUGGUUGAAUAAGAUGAGCGAAAACAUGGAACUUACCGAUGGACAAAGAAGAACCUUAGAAGAUGAUGUGAACAAAGAAAAGGACAGAUACCUACGAAUGGAUCUUCAAUCGAAGAGGAAAAUUUAUUCUUGCGGAAGUAAAUUCGUUGAACUAUCGAGCAUCACAUCGUGGACAUUGUAUGCACUCGCAAAUCACAUCUCUAAACCAUCAAAUGAACUAUAUAAAUACAACGAAAAUAUCAACAACAAAGUUUCCUUGUUCAUUGGCGAUAUAACAACUCUUGAAAUUGACUGUAUAGUUAAUGCGGCCAACAAAAAACUUGCCGGUGGCGGUGGUGUUGAUGGUGCCAUUCAUAAAGCCGCUGGUAUCGAUUCUUUAAAACGUGAAUGUAAACUACUAAAUGGUUGUCCCACCGGAGAAGCAAAAAUCACCGGUGGUUACAGAUUACCAGCUAAAUAUAUCAUUCACACUGUUGGACCAAUUGGUGAGAAACCUGAUCUAUUGCGAAGCUGUUACACUAAUUGUUGUGAACUAAUGAAGAGUAACAAUUUAAAAAGUAUCGCAUUCCCUUGUAUCUCAACUGGAGUUUAUCAAUAUCCUAAUAAGAAAGCAGCUGAAGUCGCAUUAGGAGCUGUUCGUGAAUGGCUGGAUAAGGAGGUCGAUUAUGUCCAAUCGAUAGACCGAAUCAUUUUCUGUCUCUUCAUGGAAGCGGACAUCGAAGCCUACCGAAAGCUGAUGCCUCACUUUUUCCCCACAAAAGUGGCCACCGCAGUCCCGUCAUCUGCCCCCGCCGAGUAGCAACAAUUUCCCACAAAACUGGUGAUCAAUUGACUCCAUUGUUAUUGAUCAACUGAUCAUUUCCUUUUCUCUAAUUGUUAUUAUCCAAAAAUUUUGAUCUGAUUCUCAUCUUUAUAACCCAAUUAGUUAAUCAUUUCCAUCAACAAUUUGCAACAAAUAAACUUCAAAUGGGAGAUAAUUUUUGUUUUCAUUUUAAA